AUUUAUUUUCUCUUUUUCCUUUUCUUUUGCUUUACUUAAUUGUAAUUUAAUAAGACAAACAAGUUGUAGACAUUAGGUAAGCAAUUUAUUUCUUAAGCGUGCCGGAAAUGCAAGUAACAGAAUACUGACCUGCAGGCACUAAUUGGGCAAUUCUUUCCAAAGAAUUAAAAAUGCAAUACUUGCAUUAAUAUUGUAAAACUUAGUAUAAUUAAUUGAAUUGUAAAAAUAAAUUUUCAGUCUAAAACUGGAGUCCAAUAAAGCGGUGCAUUAGCUCCGAUCUUUUUUUAAAAACUCAAUUCGACUUUCGAAUUAAAAACUGGCGCCCGAGCAGGGACCAGUCGCGAAAAAGUGUAAAGUGUUUAAAAGUGUCUGUGAAAGGAAGAAAUUAAAAGUUGACUUCCCAACGGCACCAACCCUACUAAGUGUCUGUGAAAGGAAGAAAUUAAAAGUUGACUUCCCAACGGCACCAACCCUACUUUCCGACUGGUCAUCAGGAUUUCCAGCAGACUCAGGCUCUCUUGUGUUCGUCCGGAGACCACCUCGCAUAGAAGUGUUGCAGCAGGAGCCGCAGUAGGUCUAACCGACCAAAAAGGAAUACAUCCGUGCAGCCAGCGAGGGAAGAGUAGUUCAAUGCUACUCCUACUAUUAAUAAUACCACUCGCCACAGGCGAGUUCCGUAUCCUCGAUUAUACAAACUCACAACUUGCAACCUUUAAUACAGGAUGGACCAAAAUCCAAAAUGGCACCUACAAAAUUAUACAUACAAUAGACACGGACGAAUACCAAAGGACUUUGAACGAACUCAACUCCACGAUAAGACACAAAAUAACUCCCGACAAUUCCUUACUCCCCUUCUUGCUCCAUGAAAUGUCCGAAAUACAAAGUUUCCUAAGUAGAUUAAAGCCAAAGGUAAACAAGAGAUCCAUAAACGCAAUUGGUACCGCCUGGAAAUGGCUCACAGGGAGCCCGGAUCACGAAGAUCUCGUUAUGUUAGAAAAUCAUAUUAACAAUUUACUUGAAAAUAACAAUAACCAAUUAAUAAUAAAUAGAGCAAUGAGCGGAAGAAUAAAUAAUAUAACGGAAGUGUCAAAUAAAAUAUUUAAAAUAUUAAAAGAUAAGGAAGAUGUUCAGCAUGAUAUGGCUGUAAACAUUAAAUUUAAGCUACAAUUAAUAAAAGAUGAAAUCAUAAAUAUCAAUUAUGCAAUACAUUGGGCCAAAGUUGGCAUUGUAAAUUCAUAUAUAUUUUCUAACGUUGAAAUGAAACUAAUAAAAGAAAUUAUUGAGAAAAAUAAUAUUCCCUUCACUAAUAUAGAAGAGGCAUUUGAAUUCAGUAACGUUAAGAUAGCCUCUAGUAAUUCUAAGAUUGUAUACUUAAUUGAAAUCCCAAUAACUGACAACAAUUUAUGUGAAUCCCUAUUAAUAAAAGCAAUAAAGAAAGGUAAUAGAUUAUAUAAAAUACCAUUUGAAAAAAUUAUAAGAUGUCAAAAUAAAAUCUUUGGAAAGAAAAGCAACUGUAAAGAACAUAAUGAAAUUAAAAUUUGUACAAAGGAAAAUAUUGUAGACAUCAGUAACUCCACAUGCAUUCCUCAUCUACUCAAAAGCCGAUCGCCUAGCUGCAUUACGAUUAACAACCAACACAUUCCCACUGUCCUAGAAGUCCUCCCAGGAAUAAUACUUUUAAAUCGAUUUAACGACACCGUUCACAUCGACAAGGAGAAGAUUAACUUAACUGGAUCAUUCGCAAUCCAGUACCACAACUCCACCAUUAUAAUAAACAACCAAACAUUUCUGUCUAAAGAAAUCUCCAGCGGAAAACCCCUUCCUGCAGUUCUACAACCAAAUGCAACACUUACGGCCGAAGAAGAAUUACUAAGCCUGGAAAUGAUGAAAGAACUUCACCUAAAAAACAUAAACUAUAUCGAGACUCUAAAAAAUAAAGGAUUAACAACAUCAAUAGUCAAUUUUGGGAUAUCUGGUAUAACUUUAACUCUAAUGGCAAUCGGGGUACUAAAACUAACUUCAACGAAAGGCCCAAAGCAAGGGGCCAAACACGUCUCCGAAUUUUUCAAAAGGGCCCCAUUACAAGAGGUAACAGUUAAAAAUUUCCAACAACCCGAACCACAUCCUGAAGAUUAUCCUACUCAGACGCACGAGGACGUUCGUUUUUAAAUGCGGAGGAGUUAACACGCGCU